CCGACGUCUUGGGCACCGAUUGCACUUGCGUCAGCAAAGGUGCAGGGUUCGGCAUUCUAAUGCCAGAGGUCUUACAAGCACAACUAUGCCCUUUUUGGUCGCUGUGGGAGCAGCUUACGUAGCGUAUAAGAGAAAUGAGCUAGAGAAAGCUGCUCGUUUGGAUCCGGACGUUACGGUAGCCGGAAAGGUAGCUUGCUCCUUGCUGGAUGUUGAACGAGAGCUUUCUGUGUUUGAGCUGCCAAUUGUUACCGUUACGUUCUUCGAGGGAUCAUACACAAACAUAGUGAAAUCUUUGAAAGCGAGAGUAGAAACGAUUUUAAGUCUUAAUCCUUGGCUCGGAGGCUUGUUGAUUUUAGAUCGUGACGAUCAGUAUAGGCUCAAGCUUUACUACGACCCGACUGGUUCCGAUAGACCACCUGGGUACUUUCACGUUUACGAGCCGUUUAUUAUUCCUCUUUGUCGGGGUGGCACUCCUGAAACUCCCUACGAAGACUAUGGGAAAUUGAUGGCCGCAUUGGACGCUGUCGUUCAACCAAACGAACAACUCAUUGGCAAAAACAAGCCGCUCUGGAAGGUGUCUAUAAUUCCUGAUUCCGUAGCACCAAAUGAUCGUUUUGCUCUGGUGGUGUCUAUGUCCCACAUAUGCGGUGACGCCUUCACAUACUACAAGUUGCUGAACAUGUUGGACGAAGAUGCAAAGCUCGAGUCGCUGAAUCCCAUUCGCCCGGAAAAUUUUCAAAAGGUCGUCGAAGAAACGUUCGGUAAGCUCGAAGCUAACUAUUUGAGAGAUGCUAUCCGGCGUCCGCUUGUCAACUUUCAUGAAAACACCGACGACCCAGUAGUGUACAAAAUCUUCUUCGUUGACGAGGAAUGGUUGCUUGAUACAAAAGCGCGACGAAAGAGUGCAUUUGACGCAGCUAGUCUCGCGACCGUGGUGUCCAAGAACUCGGUAUUGUCGUCGUGGUUUUACAAAUUGAAUGGCGCUUCGAUUGGACUGCUACUCGUAAAUUUAAGAGGGCGUCUAGAUGGUUGUGCGGUUGGAAAUUGCGACGCCGGUAAUUAUAUACAUGCAAUCCCUUACACUGCGAAAGACUACGUAAGCGCCAGUCUUAUACAACAUUCACUGGCAAGGUUGACUCGCCACGAUGUCGGUAAGGCGAGUCCGCUGCCACAGUUUGGUUGGAACAUGACAUCGUCUGUCAGUGUGAGUUGGGAGCAAUUUUUUCGCAAGGAAAUUUCUUUGGGCGAGGGAGCCACCAUGUCCUUACAUCUCCCGGUCUAUAAUCUUGAAAGCUUGAAAGUACUUCCGGAUCGCGUAAGUCUGAUCAGUACGUUCACGGCGUGUCCAUCUGGGACAAAUGGCGCCAGACGCAGGCUCGGUGCGCUGGUUCUAUGCCGAAAGUCUGUUGCGUCAAAGAUUGGGAGAAGUCGUGCAGUUGAAGAACUGAUUGCAGAAGCUCAAAGAUGAGUUCUAAAAAGUGGAUAAAAGUUUGGGCAAAAGGGGAUCGCUAGAAUAAAUAGGAUGAUAGAGAUUGUCGAUUGACAAUU